CAGCUCGAGCAUAAACACGGUUCAGUUAGAAUGAAAUGAAGUUAUUAAUGAGGUAAACUAACAACCCGGUAAGGAUGGACAGCGUACAAGAAGAGCCUAAUGUAAAGUCACAGGAAACCGCUAGUAAUGUUCAAGACAAACCCAAGUCUUACAUCAAGGAGAGGGUCAUAUCAAGCGUGGUUCUGAUGCUAUUCACGUGUGCCAAUAACUCCUCCGGUCCCGUGUUCACCCAAUACAUCCACUCUCGCUAUGAGGACGUCUACAGUAACGGCACGGAAUCUUCGUCAAAUAAGCAAUCAUCAUGUCUUGCCAAUAACAGCGAGGAAGCUGAUGAGGUGCAGGUGCAUGUUCAGCAGUCCACAUCUUACGAGAUCCUGAAGCUAUGCCUGUGUUUUCAGAUUCCCUCGGUCAUCGUGAACAUGGUCGUGGGGUCCUACUCGGACCACAUCGGCAGGAAGCUAUUGUUUGUUUUACCGAUGCUAGGAUGUACUUGUAAAUAUGUAGGUUUCAUACUGGUUGUCAAGUUCCAUCUUAAUCUUAACUUCCUCAUCAUCGGGACUCUCCUGGAGGGAUUUUCCGGUUCAACAAGCACCUUCGUUCUUGCCAACAUGGCCUAUGCAGCCGACGUGACGAAGACCCACGCUACCAGGACAUUCGCGAUAAUACUUACAGAUAGCUCGGUGUCUAUCGCCUUUGCAUUAGGACAGCUUAUGACAGGAUUCCUUAUUGAGAAGCUUGGCUACUUCUACCCAUCAGUCAUUUAUACAGCUUUAAUCCUGCUUGCCACAACCAUCGUCAUAUUUGGCCUUACGGAAACUGUAAAGAAAACGGAGGUGAAGGAACUUUCGCCUAUUGUUCAUUUUAAGAAAGUGUUUGGAUAUUACGUCAACAAAAGGCGAGACAAUAAGCGUUCCGUUUUUAUUGCUUGUGUGAUUGUCUUUGCUCUGCUGUACAUUGGACUGAAUGGUAAAGCUACGAUUGAGAUAUUGUAUCAGCUUGGUCGACCCUUUUGUUGGAAUCCACUAAAGAUAGGUUACUACGGUGCCUAUUCCAUAGUAUUCAUGGCCAUAUGCGGACUCGUUGCUAUCAAGCUUGGGUCAGCGUGCGUGAGAGUGGAGAUUCUGUCUGUAACAGGGAUGUUCCUACUGAUGGGGUCUCUCAUUCUGGAAGGCCUGGCCAGCACAGACGCCAUGCUGUAUUCGGUGCCUUUAGUGGCGUCCAUAAGCACAGUGUCGGUACCUGUGGCCCGCUCCGUCUUGUCCAGCAUGGUGGCUGCUCAUGAACAAGGUGCUAUCUUCUCUAGCAUGGCUACCGUCGAAACCCUGUGUGGAGCUAUAGGGAGUUCGGCCUUCGCCUCUCUGUACAGAGCCACAGUGGGUACCAUGAGAGGGAUGGCGUUCCUUGGUAUCGCGGCCGUCGUGUUCAUAGCCGCCAUAAUAAAAAUCGUGGUAAUUGUGAAGUCCCCCAGGCAACCGGGCUAUGAUCUGUUUCCGUCGCCCCCAGAAGAUCAGAACGCGCAAACUCCUGACCACAACCAAUAUGGAACACUCCCGAAAUGAGAAAACAAUACGCCAUGCUAAAGCAUGGACAAAGGCCCUGUGAUUAUUUGAUAUUGGUUUCUUUUCACCUUGCCAUGGUAUGUGAUAUUAUCUGAACUGCUGUAUUGACUGUAGCAUGGCGUAAACACCUAAACAAUCAGUUGUGCACUUGCUGUGCAUAUGUUUAUUGUUAACUGAUGUAUCAAAUUGCAUUUAUAUUGAUCGGCGUGUCUGUCAGAACUAAUGAUGGUAACUAGUGAUGGUAACUUUCACGACAAAUAUCAGAGUUGUUGUCCGAUACAAAUUAGCCCAAGUGUGUUGUGAAUUUCUUUUAUUUCCCAAACAUUUUUCGCUACUUAUAAACACUGGAGUCUCUGUACAUCUACACAACAGUCGUAAUUGAAAAUUAUCUGAAAUAUUUUCCGGUCUGUCACAUGAUUGUCGGGUUCGUUAACAGCCCGCGGUAGCAUGGUAGGAGAAGGACUGUGCGGCGUCAGGUA